AUGUUCAAAAAAUUCCAGCCAUCCACCGAUAUUGCUGGUCAAACGCCAGUCAAGUCAUCCGUUCAACGAUCUAUCAGAGCAUCGGUGCUAUCGCAGUGGAAAAUAGAGCCAGAAACACUGGAGGCGAUAUGGCCAAAGAAGGAGGGCUUGGUACACGUCAAAUGCAGAGAACACCUCUCGAUCUACACAGUGAAAGGCGAACCCAUCUUGUUCCAGCAUUUUGACGGACCCUUCUAUCCUACUCUACGAUUACUUCAUAAAUAUCCCUACAUCCUUCCCAUGGUGAAAGUUGAUCGUGGUGCGAUUAGGUUCCUUCUUGCCGGCGCACAUAUGAUGUGUCCGGGACUAACAUCAAAAGGAGGUUAUCUUCCACCGAAAGAAGAAGCGCUACCUGCCGGGGCACCUGUGGGGAUCUUUGCAGAGGGAAAGGAGCACGCUGUGGGCGUUGGAAUAACCAAGCUUGGUACUGAGGAGAUGAAGGAGCUCAAUCGAGAUGUAGGCGUUGAAACGGCGACAUACCUAGGAGACGAUCUCUGGGUUGUUCAAUCGCUAUAA